GAUAUUUUGCUCAGCAGGAUCCUAUUGUCCAACAACCACCAUAAGAAUUCCUUGCAGUAGCAUUACUGCAGGAUGGGUUCCACAUCUGAGACAAGAUGCUUCAAGUUGAGUUCAUGCAAUUCAAACACAGCAACCCCAGAUAUGCAUGUAUAUGGAAUUAUGCUCAUUGCUGCUUUGAGUACUUUGCUACUCAUUAUUUACAACUGUUCUGACCAAGUUCUCACUACUAGGGAAAGGAGAGUGGCCAAAUCUAGAGAAGCAGCAGCUAGAAGUGCAAGGACGACUGCAAAUGCACGCCAAAGAUGGAAACUUGCAAAAGAUGCUGCUAAGAAGGGUGCAACUGGACUGCAAACUCAACUAUCACACACAUUCUCCCGUAAGAAGGAUGCAGCAAAUCUGGAAAAAAUUAACAUUUUGAAUCAAACAACUUCUGAAGCGGAUGGUGAAUUGUUGUUACAUCCACAACCUAUCACUUCAAACAUGGUUGCAAGUUCAUCUGUGGUGCCGAAGGUAAAGGGAAAAGAACCCAGUGGUCUAAUGGAGAUAAUACAUGAAAUUGAAAAUGACCCUGAUAUUAAUGACAACCUUAAUAUAGAAAUAGGAACUAGAGAUAAAAGUGUUACAGGAAAUAUUUCAAAGGAAAAACAACCGCAUACACAUAGCCAAAUUUUUAACUAUGCAUAUACUCAACUUGAAAAAGAGAAGGCUCAGCAACAAGAAAACAAAAACCUUACAUUCUCAGGAGUAAUUAAAAUGGCUGCAAACACUGAAAAAAGGAAAAGGCCUUUAGUUGAGAUUGCUUUCAAAGAUCUGACUCUUACAUUGAAAGCUCAAAACAAACAUAUAUUGAGAUAUGUUACUGGAAAAAUUAAACCUGGCCGCAUCACUGCUGUCAUGGGUCCAUCAGGGGCUGGCAAGACAACAUUUCUUUCAGCUCUAGCUGGAAAGGCAUUUGGAUGCUUGGUAACUGGUUCAAUUCUUAUAAAUGGAAGGAAUGAAUCAAUCCACUCCUUCAAGAAAAUUAUUGGCUUUGUACCACAAGAUGAUGUAGUUCAUGGAAACCUGACGGUGGAAGAGAAUCUCUGGUUCAAUGCACAGUGCAGGCUAUCUGCUGACUUGUCAAAACCAGAAAAAGUUCUGGUUGUUGAAAGAGUCAUUGAAUUCUUGGGGCUUCAAUCUGUGCGGAAUUCAUUGGUUGGAACUGUAGAAAAGCGAGGUAUUUCUGGAGGCCAAAGGAAGCGUGUAAAUGUUGGACUGGAAAUGGUUAUGGAACCUUCACUUUUGAUCUUGGAUGAACCUACGUCUGGCUUGGACAGUGCAUCAUCUCAGCUCCUUCUAAGAGCACUGAGACGUGAAGCUCUUGAGGGAGUUAACAUUUGCAUGGUGGUUCACCAACCCAGCUAUGCUUUGUUCAAGAUGUUUGAUGACUUGAUACUUCUGGGAAAAGGUGGUCUUACUGUCUAUCAUGGAUCAGCCAAGCAAGUUGAGGAGUACUUUUCAGGCCUGGGGAUCAAUAUCCCAGAGCGGAUUAAUCCUCCAGAUUACUUAAUUGACAUUUUGGAAGGCAUAGCAGUACCUGGUGGAAGCUCAGGAUUCAGUUAUAAAGAGCUUCCAGUUAGAUGGAUGCUUCAUAAUGGAUAUCCAAUACCUCUUGAUAUGAGGCAGAAUGCAGAACAAUUUGAUAUGUCCCAGAGUAUAAAUUCAGCUAAUGAAAUAGAUCCCAAUGGAUCUGGUCAUGUAGACAAAACCUUUGCUGGAGAAUUAUGGCAAGAUGUGAGAAGCAAUGUGGAGCUGCAGGGGCAGAAGAUAAGACUCAAUUUUUUUAAAUCCAAGGAUUUAUCUAACCGGAAAAAUCCUGGUUUAUUCAAGCAAUAUAAGUACUUUCUUAAACGGGUUGGGAAGCAGCGAUUGCGGGAAGCUAGGAUCCAAGCCAUAGAUUAUCUGAUUUUGUUACUAGCUGGAGCAUGCUUAGGAUUUCUUACCAAAGCAAGUGAUCAAACGUUUGGUGCAGCUGGGUACACCUAUACGGUGAUUGCUGUAUCUCUUCUGUGCAAAAUUGCGGCCUUGAGAUCAUUUUCUCUAGAUAAAUUACACUACUGGAGGGAGAGUGAUUCUGGCAUGAGCAGCUUGGCUUAUUUUCUCUCUAAAGACACAAUUGAUCAUUUUAAUACAGUGAUCAAACCUGUGGUGUACCUCUCUAUGUUCUAUUUUUACACCAAUCCAAGAUCGACUUUUGCAGAUAAUUAUGUUGUGCUGCUUUGUCUUGUAUAUUGUGUGACUGGCAUAGCAUACGCAUUGGCCAUAUUUUUUGAACCUGGUGCAGCCCAGCUGUGGUCAGUACUUCUUCCUGUUGUUUUGACUCUCAUUGCAACGCAAUCACAAGAUAGUAAAAUUUUGAAGGAAAUAGCUAAUUUAUGCUACUCUAAGUGGGCUUUACAAGCAUUUGUUAUUGCAAAUGCUGAAAGGUAUCAGGGAGUGUGGCUCAUAAGUCGUUGUGGUUCACUUAUGAAAAGUGGCUAUAAUCUUCAUGAUUGGAGUUUGUGCAUAUCCAUCCUCAUUCUUAUGGGUGUAAUUGCCCGGGCAAUAGCAUUUUUCUGUAUGGUCACCUUCCAAAAGAAGUAAAGCCAAACUUUCAAGCUACCAAAAUUUUACGUUUCACAAAUUUGAGUUGUACAAAUUGGAGAGGGUAGC